AUGGUCGCCACAGAGCCACAUCUCUGCUUUCGAUCGUUCGUCGAGGCUCUCAAGCAGGACAACGAUUUGGUGGAGAUCAACGAGCCCAUUGACCCCAACCUCGAAGCAGCUGCCAUCACCCGCCGUGUCUGCGAAACAGACGACAAGGCUCCUCUUUUCAAUAACCUGAUCGGUGCUCAGAAUGGCCUAUUCCGGAUUCUUGGUGCUCCUGGAUCGCUCCGAAAGGCCCGUAAGGAUCGCUAUGGCCGACUGGCGCGUCAUCUCGCCUUGCCACCCACGGCAUCGAUGAAGGAGAUUCUGGAUAAGAUGUUGUCUGCUAGUGAGAUGGCUCCGAUUCCACCGCAAAUAUUGUGUACUGGCCCUUGCAAGGAAAACAUCCUUGAGGAAAGCCAGAUCGACCUGACCAAACUCCCCGUUCCUAUGAUUCACCAAGCAGAUGGGGGGAAGUAUAUUCAGACCUAUGGAAUGCAUAUUCUGCAGACUCCUGAUGGCUCGUGGACCAAUUGGUCUAUUGCCCGAGCUAUGGUCCAUGACGAGAAACAUCUCGUUGGUCUGGUUAUCCAACCACAACAUAUCUGGCAGAUUCACCAGAUGUGGAAGAAAGAAGGCCGCGACGUGCCUUGGGCUCUGGCCUUUGGCGUGCCCCCUGCAGCCAUUAUGGCAUCUAGCAUGCCAAUCCCUGAUGGCGUUACCGAGGCUGGUUAUGUCGGUGCCAUGACUGGCACAGCCCUGGAACUCGUCAAGUGCGAUACCAAUAACCUGUACGUUCCUGCUACCUCCGAAAUCGUUCUGGAGGGAACACUCUCCAUCACCGAGACGGGACCCGAAGGACCCUUUGGAGAGAUGCAUGGUUAUGUCUUCCCUGGCGAUACCCACUUGUGGCCAAAGUAUAAAGUCAACCGCAUCACCUACCGCAAUGACGCUAUUCUACCAAUGUCAGCGUGCGGCAGACUGACUGAUGAGACUCAUACCAUGAUUGGUUCCCUAGCUGCCGCCGAAAUCCGCAAGGUCUGCCAGCAAAAUGGUCUCCCUAUUACCGAUGCAUUCGCUCCAUUUGAGUCUCAGGUAACCUGGGUCGCUCUGAAGGUCGACACCGCGCGUCUCCGCGAGGCAAAGGCUACUCCUAAAGAAUUCGCCAAGAAGGUUGGAGACGUGGUCUUCAAUCACAAAGCCGGCUACACCAUUCAUCGUCUAGUUCUUGUCGGCGACGAUAUUGAUGUCUACGACUUCAAAGAUGUCAUCUGGGCCUUUAGUACCCGCUGCCGCCCCAGUCUUGACGAGACCUUCUUUGAAGAUGUGCGCGGAUUCCCACUCAUCCCGUACAUGUCCCAUGGCAAUGGAUCACCGACUACGGGUGGAAAGGUGGUCUCGGAUGCACUCAUGCCUUCGGAAUAUGCUACUGGCCGUGAUUGGCAAGCUGCUGACUUUGAGAAUUCGUACCCCGAGGAGGUUAAGCAGAAGGUCUUGAAGAAUUGGACCAAAUUGGGAUUCCGAGAGGAUCUAAGCCCGGCUCGGACCCUCGGCAGCAUGAGCGACGUCAGCCGAGAUGAGGCAGAUCGCGUCCUUCGCCUGAAGAGCCGAGAGAGAGAAACGCACGCAUGCUAUCCCUGUCGCAAACGCAAAGUCAAAUGUGAUGGGAACCGCCCCUGCCGGACAUGCCAGAAGCGGAAACAUCCCCAAAUUUGCACCUACAGCAGCGGCGCAGUGCAUUCGGGGCGCAGGUCGGCCUCUCACCAGCCCGCCGCUCGCUCAAUAUCGCCCCAGGCUGUGAGCGAUUAUCAUGUCAAUGAACAGUCGACGACUCAACAGGAUGAUAGUUCAAAGAAUUACGUCUACUCUGGAGACAAUUCCCUGCUCUCACUCCUGCGUUCACGAGCACCGGAUGCCAAUGGCUCAAUGGCCCGCGAAGUCAGCUCCGUUUUGGGUCUCCAGAACACUUUCAACAAGUAUCCGUUUAUGGACUCGAAGACUCCCCUAGAAAAAUGGAAAUCGCUGCUGCAGAUUUUACCACAGCGAACAGAAGUUUUGAAGUUCUUCCAUUACUAUCGGGUCACAGCAUACCCAUUCAACCCAAUACUAGCGGACAUAGACCGGUUUGAAGCUGAUCUAUGUACAUACCUGAAUGCCCAUUCCGGGGGAGAAUUACGAGACUCGGAGAAGAUCACAGAUCGAUGGGCAACAGACAAGUCAGUUGGCCACAUUAGCCUUUUACUGGCCACACUUGCCGCAGGAGCUCAUUAUUCCGAUGUGGAGUACCUCCAAAGAUUGGAGCUCACCACAGACUUUGCUCGCAGAUCAUUCCAUGCUCUUCGCCUAGCCAAUUUCCUUUUCCGACCAUCUUUGGAUGUUAUCCAGGCGCUCCUAAUACUGGGGAAUACACUGCAGAAUAUGGGUCAGUCAGACGCUGCGUGGGCAUUACUUGGAACGACAGUUCGACUUGCUCAAACUAUGGGACUGCACACUGAGCGAAGCACGGUUCAAUGGCCUGACUAUGUGCGAACAAAAUCAAGAACGCUUUGGUCGACUAUUGUUUGGCAAGAUAGCCUCCUCUGUCUUUGCUACGAUCGCCCGCCUAUUGUUUCUGUCACAGGGUGGCCCCUUGAUCAAACCAUGCAUCUUUUAUGUCGCCUGGGCCUAGAUAUUAUGCGUCCAGAGAAUCUCGGCCUUGCUGAAGUGGACCAAGCUAUUGAGGGGCUCCGAAGACUGGACGAUAUCUGCCAGCGCAGCCAGGGCUAUCUACAGAAUCGGGGGAUCUGUAUGACAUUGCAACAGAAUCUCCAACAUCUGGCACUACGGAUGCAUACAUCUUUUUGUGUAUCUGUGCUUUGUCGACCAGCAAUGAAACAGUCCCAGCUAGAGCUUCUCUACCCGCACGCCGAUAUACUUCGGACUCGCGCAAAAGGGAGCUUGAUCGAUGCAUCCAAAGCUUUUCUCGAGUUUCAGGCUCUUAGUGUCGUUCCAUUGCGGAGCUGGUCCAUGGUCCACACGGUUUUAAGCUCCACGUUGCUGCUUUGCGUUUGGAAAGAGACGCGUCAUGAUCCUGAAUGCCGCAGCCUGCAGCAGAGAGUCAUCGAUGUAUUCUCGUCGUCAAAUUCAACAGACGAAGGGGCAGCUUCCUCGGAGAUUAAUGACCAGUGGCUGUCUGCCCGCCACGUGCGAGCCCUGGUUACUCUACGAAGUACCUUGGAUCGAGAAGAGGAUAGGAAUGUGGCUGAAGCCGAAAACCUGGCGGGAAUGGAUCUUGCUACUGUUCCGCCAGUUGGAGCCAGCAAUCCGGAUGGUUACAUGGAUUUGAUGAAUUCACUCGAAAUAUCACCAGUGUCUUAUUUGGACUCGAUCAUGAAUGCUCCUGACUCAUCCAUGCUUUCUCUACUCUCCGGCACCAACACGCCUCAGUCCUCUCGUGCCUCUCCUCCCGAGUCCACAAUGAUCCUGAACAAGCCAGCACACCAACAACCAUCCACACCCCGCCGGCGAAGAAUCGUUGUGGCUAUGACUGGCGCUACCGGCGCUAUCCUAGGCAUCAAGGUUCUUAUUGCUCUCCGCCGCCUCAACGUGGAGACACACUUGGUAAUGAGCAAAUGGGCCGAAGCAACGAUCAAGUACGAGACGGAUUAUCAUCCAUCAAACGUCAAGGCCCUUGCCGACCACGUCCACUCUAUCAGUGACAUGGCAGCGCCUAUAUCAAGUGGCUCUUUCAAGGCCGAUGGAAUGAUUGUGGUUCCUUGCAGCAUGAAGACCCUCGCUGCGAUACACAGCGGGUUCUGUGACGACCUGAUCUCCCGUACUGCCGACGUGAUGCUCAAGGAGCGGCGUCGCCUUGUACUAGUAGCUCGCGAAACACCGCUGAGUGACAUUCAUCUGCGCAAUAUGCUGGAAGUAUCGCGCAGCGGAGCGAUUAUCUUCCCGCCGGUGCCGGCGUACUAUAUCCGCGCUGCAUCGGUGGAUGAACUGCUCGACCAGAGCGUCGGGCGCAUGCUGGACUUGUUUGAUUUGGACACGGGGGACUUUGAACGAUGGGAGGGAUGGCAGACCGGGGAGCGAUGA